CAGAUCCUUGCAGCCAUAAGCCAUGUUUGAAUGGCGGCACAUGUGUACACGCCUCUACUUCUCCUUUCUAUAAAUGUAACUGCUCUGCUGGAAUAACUGGGGACGAUUGUGAAACAACUCACUGUGAUUCCUCUCCUUGCAAAAAUGGCUCAACAUGCCGAGCGCUUCAUCAAGAGCCGUUCUACAAAUGCUAUUGCAAGCCAGGCUUUACACAGCACGACUGUAACAUGCACCCUUGCGACCACCAUCCUUGUUCGCACGGUGGCACGUGCGAACCAAAACCAGACCGUCCUUUUUACCGAUGUAACUGCUCAGAGGGGUUUAUCGGGGACCAUUGCUAUGGGCAUCUUUGCAACCAGAAUCCAUGUGCGCACGGUGGCACAUGUGAGCACGCCUCUAGUUCACCUUUCUAUAAAUGUAACUGCCCCGUUGGUAUAACUGGAGACGAUUGUCAAACCAACAACAUCUGUGCUCAGCAGCCACAUGUUUGCAACAACCACGGAACCUGCAGACCCGAAGAUCUAAGCCCUUAUUUCAAGUGCUCAUGUGCGGCUGGAUAUACUGGGGAACACUGCAGCACGCAUGCUUGCGACCAGAAUCCAUGUACGAAUGGCGGAACGUGUUUUCAUUCAUCUACUUCUCCCUUCUAUAAAUGUAUUUGUUCCGCUGGAAUAACUGGAGACAAUUGUCAAAAAACAACUUCUACUUCUACUCAUGCACCAACACAUACCGCGACGCGGGCAACCCAUAUGACUACACAAUCACCAUCAGUUACCACGACGCACGCGACAACCCAUAAAACCACCCAGGCACCAUCACAAACCACGACGCACGCGACAACUCAUAUAACCACACAUGUACCAAGACUAACAUCGACGCAAGCGACAACCCAUAUAUCCACGCAGGCAUCUUCACGAACCACGACGCACGUGACAACUCAUAUAACCACGCAGGUACCACAACUAACAUCUACGAAGGCUACAACCCAUAUUACAACGCAGGCAACCCCACAAAGAUCGACGCAGGCGACAACCCAUGUAACCACGCAGGUACCACCACUAACAUCGACGCAGGCGACAACUCAUAUAACCACGCAGACACCAUCACUUACCACGACGCACGCGACAACCCAUAUAUCCACGCAUGCACCAUCAAUUACCACGACACACGCGACGAACCAUAUAACCACGCAUGCACCAUCAAUUACCUCGACGCACGUGUCAAUGAAUAUUUCCAUGCUCGCGCAAACGAAUCGCCCAACACCUUUGCCAACGCAUGCGCAAACACAAGACAUAUCUCCAGCCACGCCAUCGACCACUUUGUCUCAUAUCAUAGUCAACAAAACGAUGGACCAUAAAAAGUUCUGUCUGGCAUGUGAUGGUGUCGUGUCACCGCAAACAUGUGACCAGGUCACCGUGUGUGGACGUCAUGAGAGUUGCUAUGUGGACUCCUACGUGACGUCUGUUGGUUCCAUACGUUUCAAUCUUGGUUGCCGUGAUUCUCAACAAUGCGCAAUCACGGGGUCUGGAAUUGGAAAACGGUCCGAAGAUAAAUUGGCAUUUCCACAGAAUGUCAUGGCAAGGGACAUAGGCAGCGUUGUGUGCACACAGUGUUGCAACGGAACACUUUGCAAUUCCGGGGGAUGUGGUUUUAAUGCAUAUCCCCCAAUCGGCCCCGAUGUCCGCGGUCCAGUGUGUUUCAGCUGUUAUCAACAGGCCACAAUUGACGAUUGUAACACGAUACGCGUUUGUGGACGUGAUGAGUUUUGUGAAGUAGAGGCAAUGUUGUCCCCAGUAAAUGCCCACCAGGUGUUGUGGAGAACACGAUGUGUCCAUGAAUUGGAUUGCAGGUCAAAGCGAGCCACGCUAGUACAGUUUAAGAACUAUGGCAAUCCAUGUACGAGGACUUGUUGCAAAGAAGACCUUUGCAACCAAUCGUGCCCCGGAUCAUCUUAAGCGACGAUGACAGCAAACUAUUCUAAAUAAAAAAGUAAAAAUAUUAA